UCUGUGGAUGCGAGGCACAUCUAUAGAUAUCAAAGGCAGGUUGCAUUUGCUGUUGAACCAGCGGCCUUGAUGGACACAAUUAGAGGACAGAGUAUCUAGUGGGAAUAGGUGUUUUCGUGUAUUUGCACUCUUUUGCCUUCUAUAUUUUUAAAUUUUAUUUCCUAACCGUUGAAAAUUUAUCUAUGUGACAUUUAAAAAUUUAAAGAGCUAAAAUGUUUCCUGUAUAGGACGUAAUUUUUGAUAAAAUUGUGUAAGUGAAUCGUGUGCCCGACUUCUGUUUGUUCUUCUUCACUUAAUUACAUGACGCUAAAUCCCAUUGAAGUGCAAUAUGAAAAACCUUUUGUACCUCGUCAGUGUUGGAAAUAUAGAACAAGUCGUGUGAAUUAUAACAAUUAUUUUAUUAAGAAGUAACUCUAAAUAAGAAAAGAAACAUUCAAGCUGCAGGGCAAAAUGAGAGAGUUUUUCUGUAACAGUUGAUGAAUGAAAAAAAUUGCCGACGAGUUUAUUUAGUCAGAACGACUCACAGUAAAAGACAGAAAGUGUUGGAAGAUAGUUGCAAAAAAAGAACUUGAGAGACUCGCAUGAAAUGCACGAAAAUCUUCGGUGGUCCAACAAGUGUUGUGACAGGCAAUUUGGUAAUUGUGCAUGGUAGAAGAUGUUAAAAGAGUGAUGAGACGUCUUAAGCAUUAAACACGAAACUUCUUUAAAUAACACACCGCGUGAUUGAACAUUUCAUCGAGUGAUCUUACCGAAUGAGAAAUGAAUAUUGAUUGCGAUCAUUUGCUCAUUGUUGGCUUCUGUGCCAUGUUACACCAUCGUGAUCUUCACCAGAAUUUUACGAGUUUGUGAUGGCGCGAAUGCCUGCUCAAACCAACGAUUAAAAGAUGGGACUAAUGGAUAGUAUAGCUAUAGUUCACUUGAUGUGGAUCUGGAUCAGUUUCAAUGAACUCUGUUCAUCAGCCGAACUUAAGGCAUCUCCUCUGAAACGAGCCGCAUCUACAGAUCGAGUGGUCAAUUUGACCCGACAGCACGGAGGUGAUAUUUUCGAUGCUUAUGACUUGUCGGAGUGCAACACAGAUGUAUGCAUUGGCUUAUCUAGUGGCACUGCGGGACUUCUCAAGAAUUACAUAAAAGAAAUUGAUAUGUCUGCUAAAAGCGAACUAAUGAAUUGCAAAUGUCAAUGCUUGCCACAUUUAUCAACAUAUCGUGAAGAUGCUGGAAUUUGCGUGGAUGAUAUUCACGAAUGCACUCUGGCACCGUUCGUUAGCGGUUCCUCGACGGAGAAGAUACCAUUUGUGUUCCUGCCAUUGCGCGGCCAGAUUAUUCAUCCAAGUCGCGAAAUCAAUUUCCAAGGUAUUCUAAAUCCAAUAUGUGCUGUCACGGGAUCUCAGUAUCUCACAAAAACUGGUUGGUCAGAAUUACGAAAUACUGUAGACACCGAUGUCCCUUUUAGACUCUUUCGCGACGAAGGAAGAACAUUUUUGCAGUGGGUUGGAGAGGCGGAACUUCGGUACCGAAUGCAAGGUCGACUUAUAUUGGUGCAUUUGCUGUGUCGUGAUAUGACUCCUCCGAACACAGCAUUCUCAGCAUCCAACGGUUCAAGCAGUGGAAGCAGUUCUAGCGGCGGAGUGGCAUCCGUGGAUGAUGAUUUACUGCCGAACCAGAAUAUCUUUACACCUUGUGUGGCUUUUCGCGUCGUCGGAACACCAAUUAGACAUGUAAAUAAUGUUACCGAAGUGUCUUUCCAGGCUGAAUCAUCCACAGUCUCCAACGCUGAAGGACUCUCUACAAGAGAAUAUGUGGUUAUUGGUCUAUGUAGCCUACUGUUAGGUUUGAUUUACGUAGCGUCUGUUUUCCUUUAUCUGCACAUGAAAAAGCGGAAAGCCCAAAGUCCUUCAGGAUCUGUAAACCACACAAUGAAAAAUAAUGAUCUGACCUUUCCACCAAAUGACCAAGUGACUUAUGGUCCAGGAUUCCAACGAAACGGGGGCUCUAGUGCAUAUGGAAGUAAAACUUAUUCUCCUAGAAAUCAAGGAAAUAAUAUGAGAAAUGUAACGGGAGGAAGCUUAGUUGGGGAAGAAAUGGGAAUAAUUAAAAGUAAUCCUCUUUUGAAACACUUUCCAAAUUUAAGCGACAACUCAGGAUUUAUAAGUGAUCAAUCUAAUUCUAAUUCAGAAUUUGAUGAUGAUCACCCACAGAUUGAUAUGGCAAAAACUCAAGUAACUGUACAUUCAGAAAAAAAUUCUCCGAAGCCACAAUGUAAUGACUCACAGGUCGAGAGCACUGCUGGAAAUCAGGAGGAAAGGAUCCCGGAGGAAAAUGUCUCAAUAGUGGAUGACAUGACAGCCGAAGACAAACUUGAGAACAUGAAAGCGAUAGUCAAUGGGACUAUCAGGAGGAAGUUGUACUUCAAUCCGGCUUAUUUCGAACCUGAUCUCUUGGUUUCUCCACCUCCAGCAGCUUUGGAAUUUCUUCAUAAAAUCCGAGAAGUUAUCACAAUUGCUAAAUUCAAAAUGUCUACGAAAAAAUUUCAACCCUCGCUUGAAGCUCUUCCUGAAGAAUUGCAAAACGGUUCGGAGAUUUACUACGGUAGAUCUGUACCUGCAUCGAGCAAAAUGGGCAGUGUAGUUGGUGGGACAAGAUCUGAUACAUCCAAGAAAAAGCCAACUUGUUCCGGAUGCCCAGGAUGCGAAACAUCAUCAAUCUCAUCAGCUAAAAAACUCUUACAUCAACAGGUACCGUCAACACCUGACGAUGGUAACUGUAAGAAUUGCGGUGACAAAAGAAAUAGUAUUAGAAAAUGGUUAGAGGGAGUAUCUUCAGGAGUAAACGAAGACAGUUGCAUUUCUGACACCGAGAAGAAAGAUUCUGAUACUGGAGAAAAAGAAAAUAAAACCACAGAAUUAGUAAAGAAAAAUCUUAAGCAUUUUGGAAGUGAUAGUUCGUCUAGUUCAGAUUCUGAUACUAUUAAGGCUAAUAGUAUCAAGAGUAGUAAGAAAAAAGCCCCUCCUAUUCCAACAAAUCCUCCAAGAAUUAUCAAUCGUCCAACAAAAAUUAAUCCCACUUCACCUUCUAAUGAAUUUGGAAAAACUCAAUUAUUUAACAAAAUAGCUAAAUCAGAGAUUUACAAUAAUCCUCAAUUUAUGCAGUCGAGUCCAGAACUUCCACCUAGAAAUCCUCAUGCACCACAUCAAUUUGCUCGGGGGCAUAGGAAGCAGCAUAUUGAUGUCCAGGAUCAGUACUCUAGUAGUACCUCAUCGCUUAAUGUUCAAGUCCGAAAGCAAGAAAUGCUACGAAAUAUGCCAGAUAUGGUAUAUGAGGCAUUAAAUAAAGAUUACAAAAAUCGCGCGCAAACCAUAGAGAGUCCUUUUGGUACUUUAAAGCUGCCUACUCCUGAUUAUACUGAUGAAGAUUAUCAGACUCAUGUUUUCCGAAAAUCUAGUGAUUCCCCAGGAGUUCCAACCCCAGAUUACAACAGUCUCAAUCGCAUAAGAACUAAAAACUUUCUACUCGGAUCGCCUAUUUACGCUCGUAAAUCCCCUCAUUAUCUAAUAGUUGAUUACGAAACUGAUAGUUUGGAAAGGGCACCAUGUAAAAAUCGCAAAAUAAUUUCUUCCCCGUCUUCUUCAAAUAGUAGCAGUGACUCGCAACCGAGUCCUUCUCUUAGUGCAGCUCUCCCUCUUGAAGAGGAAGUCGAGAUGCGCAAUGCGGUUUACGAUAAAGUUGAGGGGUUUAGAAAAGACACAAUUGGAGAUAUUAUUAGGAACAAGAAAAAAACCGAUUAUUCUCUUGUUUCGGAAGUUUAUGUUGGAAGCAAUGCCUUUUCUAGUCGUGGUAGACAGAGCUCGAAAAUCAAAUAUAACGUACCUUAUGCCGGAAGCAUGACUAUUGAACUGGAUCCAAGUCCCGAUGAGUAUGAUUUAUCAACAGAUAGCGAUCAAUUUGAGCCAGACACAUUGGACAGAAAACCUAAGAAAUGUAGAGAAUUGCCGAGCGAUAACAUAAAAGCUUGGGACAAUCAUUUGAUUAAGUCUACUGAAUUCUUAAACAACACUGAUAAUAAUAUUAACUACUCUUCCCUUGAAAACAUGACAUCACUUCCAGAUCUCAAUUAUAUGCAACAACAUCAAAAGCAACUAGUUUUGAGAACAACUGGAUCUUUCAAGAGUGAUUCAUUGAGUCAGGUUUCCGAUCUCGGGGUAAAAAUGCAUGGUCCUAAAACCUUUGGAAGUCUUAGGGAAAUUUAUGAAGCAAAAUCGCAAAAGAAUCUACAUCGCCCACCACUUACAAAUAUCGAUUUUAUGGAGAAAGGAAAGUUAUUAACGCUCGAGGAGCGGCAUUCCAAAAGACAAAGGUCUAUGACUGAAAAUACUCUCAAUAGAAAGAAUAAAUCUUUGCCGCCAGAUGUUAUACCUUAUAGUUCACACUAUGAUCACCCUAGGCCACCUGUUGCGGUUUCUCCAACGGAAACACCGUCAAAAAACCUAACAGUCUGGAACACAGAGGAAUUCAGUAGAACCGCUGAUCAAAGCCAAGAUGAAACUUUUGAACAUGAUACUGAUACUUAUGAGACAAGGAGUACAAAUAGUGAAACGACUGAAUUUACUGGUGUUUCGGAAGUUCUUGCAAACUCGGAAUUCGAACACGAUCGGCGGAUUCUAGCCAAUAAUCUUGAAUAUCCCACCAUGAAAGAAUAUACAACGAUCAAUAAACUUUCUCGAUUUUACGACAACAACGACUAUAUCACCGAAAAUAAUGGAUGCUAUAUUAACAAAAUGGAAGGAAAGCCAGUAGACAUCCUGGACACAUACAUGACAAUUGAAGAAGUAGAAAAUAAGAAAAUCAAUGAUACUGAGAAAUUUGACGAAGACAAAAAACAAAGUGAAAUCGAUCGAAUUGAAGUAAUCAGUACGAAAUCUUUGUCCAAUUCAAUUAAAACCAAUUCUUCGAAGCAGAGCACUUUAAAAUCUACGAAAUUCACAGAGAAUCUCGUGAACCUUAAGGGUCAUUCGAACUUGCAAGCUCCAAAAAUUUUCCGUGUUGAGAUCAAUCCUGAAAGUGAUGCCAUGAAACUUGCCAUGGGAAUGCGUGAUCGCGCUAAAAAGUCAAAAGACAUCAAGAAUGCUUGGAAACGGUUUGUAAGUUUAGCUACAUCUAAAUUAAGGGUUAGCAGUCCAACUAAACCCGAUAUAAAAUUCAAUUUUAUUGAUUCUCUGGAAGAUGGUACAGAUCGAGAUGAGGGUAUUUCUUCAUUAAUCGAUGAGAAUAUGAAUGAGAACAAGAGCGCAGUUGAGCAUCCGACUCAAAUAUCUCCAACAAGAUCAGGACAAAAACCCGAACCUGAUAGUGGAUAUAUGAGUGCUGACUCAAAUGAGUCUAAAGUAUGCAAUAAAAAAUACUAUGAUCGCUUUAGUUUUAGAACAAUUGAAGAUAAGAUCAAUGAAGCUUCUUAUAUCGACAUUGUAGAAUGUUCGGAGCCUGAGACUGAUCACCAAUACUCAGUAAUGCAGUGUGAUUCCAAUAAGAUUACAUUAGAAAUAACGGAUAAUACUGAAACAGAUCUUUCAAUCGUCAAAAUAGGAGAAAAUGAAGAUGAUACAGACCACUACAGUAGUGGACUGUCGACAUCUGAGGAGGAUAGUGAUGACGACGGAGAUGAAUUGUGUGAAUCUGGAGCUGAAAGUGUAGAAACACAUUCGGUAUUUUUUAAGCAAAUGCGACAGUAACGUAUUUUAGAAAAUUUCAAAAAUAAUUACAAAAAAACAUACAUAUUUUUAAGCCGUUUUUGGCUUAAAAAAGACUGGGGUUGUCAUGUACAACACAAUCAAUGAUCACAUUGGAAGUUACUAUUUUUUUUUAAUAAGUAAGUAGCAUCAUUUAGAAUAUUGUAUUCUACUUUUCAUACGCAAGUAAAUGGUUCACGAUAUUCCUUUAGUAAAUUUUAUAGGUCAGUUUUUGAUAAAUAAUUUUCAAUUAGAUUUGUAUAAAUAUAUUUUUAAACUUUAAUAUUAAGUUUGAAAUUGCUAUAGAAAUAUCGUGAUCAUUCGAAUAGCACAUUUUCUAAAAUAACAAUUGGUCUUUAAUGUGAUCUUUAAGGAUCGGUUGGUUGGGUUGACCAAAAAAAUAUUUUUUUCUAAAGAUUUAGAGAACAAAUUUAUAUUGUCAAAAAAUGAUCUUCUUUUUGAAUCACUGGGUAUCUAAAUAAAUCCUACUACUUCGAAAGUAAAAACGUAAUUUCAAAAUUAUGAUAAAAUUUUAAUAUGAUCAUGAUUAGCCCCAAAAACAAUUGUACAUAAAUUGUUAAAUAAAAAUGGGCUGACAAUACGGUGCAUAAGAGAUAGACUAUUCUCCCUCAGUUCCCCAAUAUUAUUAUUCAAAAUUUCUGUUUUAAGAUUUAUACAUGUACAUGUACAUAUUAUUUAUACAAAAACACACAAUAUACACACACCCAUAUAUAUAUAUAUUAAAUUUCCGGGAGUCUCUUUUGUACCUGAGUGUAAUAGACUCAAGAGAAUCAAAAUUAAUUUGAAAACAUGAAGUAUGACAAGAUAUUUUAUAAAAUAAAAAAUAUUUUUAGAAAAGGGCUCACUCAAGGUUGUUUAUUUUGUUUAAUUAAUUAACAAUGAUGAGAGCACAAUAUUCCAUAGAAAAACUAAUAAUUUUUUCAAACUAGAUUUCUAGACAUGAAUUUUUUUUUCUUGUAUAGGGUCAUUGUCUUUGGACAAUGAUCCAAAGACAAUGAUAGGGCUGAAGUUGUCAGUCCAAUUCCUCUUUAUGAUAUCUAUAUUAAAUGCAGCAAACCUCAUUGGAUAAUAAUAAAUAAUAAUAAUUAUUAUUAUUGUUUCAUGCCCAUAGUACACAUAGGAUACAUCUAGGACUAUACAUAAAUACGAUGCGAUAAAUAAGGAUGCGAUACGAACACCUUUAAUAUAAGAGCUGUUUGGUAAACUAAUUUGAACGUGUUGUUAUACUGUAUCACAGAGUGAGAACUCUAAAGGGUCCCAAAGAGAGUUAGGCUGAUUCUCGAGAAUAUUCAGUUUAAAAAUGGGCAGUAAGGGAUUAGAUUAGAUAAAGGAAAUAGAUAUAAAGGACAAUCAAUGAUACAUAACCCUCAGUGUAUGACAAUUUGUGAGAAAUCUUUACGGCUAAAUUUUCCAGACUAAAAAUAUUCUUUAAAUUCAGGCUGAGUCUAUUUGGGUCCUAACACUUAACCAUUGAAUGUCAUAGGUCAAUUGAAAUAACUAUAGCGGAAGAAAAAUAUUGUAAAUUUAUAAAUAAUAAAUGUGCAAUUGUUAGCU